AUGCCAUCCGCUACGGCGGGCUACGCGCCCGACCUGGAAAAGUACAUCAAAUCCCUAAGGGGACAAGCACUGGAAGCGGCCGUGGAAACCCUCAUCUCUCUUCUCAAGCGCAGACAGAUUCGCGGCUCCGAGCCAUGUGCCGUUGCCACUGCCCACAUACUUUUGCAAGUCGUUGCUCGGUCCAAGUGGCAGGAUGUCGACGGUCUUAUCGAGAACGUUUCGCGCAUCGGCAGACGGCUGGUUCAGGCGCAGCCCAGGGAGCUUGUCAUUGGGAACAUUGUGCGCCGCGUUCUGUCUCUCAUCCGUGACGAAGCAGCCGAAGAUCGCAACGAAGCGUCAAGCGAGACACCAAGCGAAGCGCCGACGACACCUCCGCAUCCCUCCGAUACCCUCGGCCUCCUCCAGUCACACCCCUCGAUCCUGGCCAAGCAAGAGUCUGCCGUCGACUACCUCUCCAACCCGGCCGUGCCGCCUGUAAGACCGGGGCCCAUGUCAUCAUACAGCUCAGUCAACGUCUCCAAGUCCCUUUUCCAUCUGCUGUCUGCAUCCCCGCCUUCCCUGGGCGACGGCUUCUCCUCGCCGCACCGGAAUUCGGGGACGUCAACACCUACCCGCAUUUUACACACGACAAGCAGCCGGGUUCAUGCUUUGCGAUCCGAGGUCAUUGACGGGAUCGAAGAGAUCAAGGAUGAGAUCAGUCAGGUUGACGAUCAGAUAGCAGCUCUUGCGGAGGUGCAAAUACAUCCCGGUGACCACAUCCUGAUCCACCAACCCUCGUCCACGGUGGAACGAUUCGUCCUCCGAGCAGCCAGCAAACGCAAGUUUACGGUAUUCAUCGUCACCGAACCUCCGCGCGAGCAGACUCAGGACGUGCAACAGCCCAUUUUUCGAAAGAAGCUGGUUGCAGCAGGCAUAACCGUCAUCAACGUCAUGAACUCUGGCCUCGUGGCUUACAUGUCCAAGGUCAACAAGGUUAUUCUAGGCGCCAGAGCAAUCGCCGCCAACGGCGGGGCUGUCACGGAUGCUGGGGCAGCUGCCGUGGCCAGAGCCGCCAAGGAGCAAGGCAAUGCAGUCGUGGUCCUGGCUGGCGUUUACAAGCUAAGCCCGGUAACCCCGUUCGACGAGGAUUCACUCAUUGAGUGGGGAGACUCUUCUACCUUUGUGAGUUUCGCGGACGGAAGCAUGGUGAACCAGGCGGAGAUACGGAGCGCUGUGACUGAGUUGGUCCCGGCGGAAUUUAUCGACACAUAUGUCACGAAUCUAGGUACCCACUCACGAGAUCAUCUGGCCAGCCUGAUUGCAGAACACUACAAGCAAGAGGACGUUGAUUUUCAUCUCGGGGACCCAUGCGAAUGA